UUGCCCUGGGGGACUCUCUCUAGUCUGAAACUAGAAAGUCGGAAAGACAGCGAUGAUGGUCCCAUCAUGUGGGUACGUCCAGGAGAACAGAUGAUUCCUGUGGCAGAUAUGCCAAAGUCGCCUUUCAAAAGGAAAAGAACUACCAAUGAAAUUAAAAACCUGCAGUACCUACCUCGUACUAGCGAGCCUCGUGAAAUGCUUUUCGAAGACAGGACACGAGCCCAUGCAGAUCACAUAGGACAAGGAUUUGAACGACAGACCACAGCUGCCGUCGGAGUGUUAAAGGCAGUGCAUUGUGGAGAAUGGGUUGAACAGCCUCGCAUAACCAAAGACGUAAUUUGUUUUCACGCGGACGAUUUCUUAGAGGUAGUUCAACGACUGCAGCUAGAUUUGCACGAGCCGCCGCUUUCUCAGUGCGUCCAGUGGGUGGACGAUGCGAAACUGAACCAGUUACGAAGGGAAGGCAUCCGCUACGCCAGGAUCCAGUUGUACGAUAACGAUAUUUAUUUUAUACCGCGGAACGUUAUACAUCAAUUCAAGACAGUUUCAGCUGUGUGUAGCUUGGCGUGGCACGUGCGCCUCAAGCUGUACCACUCGGAGGCCGAGAACCAAGCCCCCUGCGAAACGGACCCCCCAACCGAUCCCACGUCUUCUUCUAUUACGGGACUUCAGGCCGGCAGCGCCCUCCCUCCCACGGACAUCGGCGCCUCCGAAGAAACCAAAUUCUCCAGUAGCCUUCAGACUAAACACGCGAAGCAGGAGGUUCCCUGCCCGCCCCACGAACCCGCUCUCUCUCUCCAGAGUCCAGGGGACCCCCUUCCGGUGGACCUUCCCGAAAAGACGGCGGCCUCCAGAGCUGCGGAAUGUCAGAAAGCUAAAGCGAGACCGGAUCACGCUCACUUGACAGGCUGGAGACCUGAGACUGACUCGAACCCCGAGCCCGGCCACCAAUACACGCAGGACAGCCUGUGCCCCGGGGGUCGUGUGAAUCAGGAAGACACGAGACUGAGGAGCUCAACUUACCCGAGUCUGCAUGGCAAACCAGAAGACGAUUUUUUGUGUUAAGUGUGUGUGUG